AUGUUCCGGGAAUUGCCCAGUUCUCUUAUCCAGUUCCCUGUGUGGGAGUUCAUAAAGAAACUCUUCGCAGCCCAUAACCGUUCCAAACAACAGCGCCUCUCUGGCAAGUCUGAUCCCUCCAUCAAGGCACACCCGGAGGACCUCACGAAAGCCCAAUUCACUUUUUGUGGUUUUGUGGCCGGAGCAGUGGCGGGUGCAUUUACGACGCCUGUUGACGUUGCCAAAACGCGUAUCAUGCUGGCAGAUAAGGACAGUCUUUUGGCGUCUGGUCGCAUUUUAACGGCAAUGAGGGUCGUCUACUGCGAGUCGGGCAUCCUUGGGUAA